AUGGAUUUCUCUCUUGCCAUUACUUAUGCUACUACAUUUAUUAUUUUUCUCUACUUCAUUUACAUGCUUUUUGGGAUUUUUUGUACCAAAAAAGGUACAACACCCCCUAAAGUUGCUGGAUCAUGGCCAAUAAUUGGCCAUCUCCACCUUUUCAAUGGAUCUAAGAUGCCUCACAAAACUCUUGGGCUCAUGGCAGACAAAUAUGGGCCAAUUUUCACAGUAAAUUUUGGAUCCCAUCAAGUUGUGGUGGUGAACAAUAGGAAGAUAGCCCAAGAUUGUCUUACUACCAACGACAAGGCCUUGGCAAGCCGGCCUAAAUCGUUGGCAUUAGAGGUCUUGGGCUACAACUACGCCCUUUUUGGUAUGUGCCCUUACGGCCCAUACUGGCGAGAAAUGAAAAAAAUAGUUGUACUCGAAUUACUCUCCAAUCAUCGAGUACAAAUGCAUCGACACAUUAGAGAAUUCGAAGUGAAAACAUCCCUCAAACAAAUUUAUGAAAUGAUGAAUGGUUCUCCAAAUGCUGUGAAAAUAGAAAUGAAUCAAUGGUUCGAGAACUUGACCAUGAACGUUAUUGUAAGAAUCCUUUUCGGUAAAGAACAUGAUUUUGAAGUAGAGAGGGCUAGAAAAGCAAUUCGAACUUUUAUGAAUUUAUUUCGUGUAUUUGUUGUAGCUGAUUAUAUGCCAUCACUAAGAUGGUUAGAUAUAGGAGGAUAUGAAAAGGAAAUGAAGGAAAAUGCCAAGGAAAUAGAUUAUAUUCUUGAAAAAUGGCUAGUAGAACACAAGAAAAAGACAAGUUGUGGAGAAAAAAAAUGUGAGGAUGAUAAAGAUUUUAUGGAUAUAAUGUUGGCCCUUUUUGAAGAUGCAAUGGAUGAAGAUCUUGAUGGUUUUGAUGCUGAUACCAUUAUCAAAUCUACAUGCUUGGCUAUGUGGGCAGGAGGAUCUGACACCAUAGUUGUAGCACUAAUAUGGAUUCUCUCUUUGUUACUAAACAACUACGAAGCAUUAAAAAAGACCCAAGAUGAGCUAGACACUCAUAUUGGCAAGAACAAAUGGGUUCAAGAAUCGGACAUCAAGAACUUGGUUUAUCUACAAGCUAUUGUUAAGGAAUCGCUUCGUUUAUAUCCAGCCGCACCUCUCAUGUUACCCCACGAGUCGAUUGAGGAUUGUGUUGUUAGUGGAUACGAUAUACCAAAAGGGACUCGCUUAUUAGUGAACAUAUGGAAGUUACAUUACGAUCCUGAAAUAUUGCCAAAUCCACAUGAAUUUAUGCCAGAGAGGUUCUUGACAACUCAUAAGGAUGUUGAUAUAAGGGGCAAUCACUUUAAGUUGAUUUCGUUUGGUAGUGAAAGGAGAAUGUGCCCCGGUGUUUCCUUGUCCCUUCAAGUGUUGCAAUAUGUGGUAGCCGGUUUAUUGCAGGGGUUUGAUAUUAAGAGGCCUUCAGAUGAGGCAAUUGAUAUGAGUGAGAGCUUUGAAUUGACAAUUCUCAAAGCUUCUCCACUCGAAGUUCACCUUACUCCACGCUUGGAUUCUAAUCUUUAUUAUGAAUAAUAAAAUGUUGAUCUUUUCUAAUAAAUUAAGGUUAUAAUUAUGCUAUAUUGAUAAUUACAAUGUUGUAUUUUAGUUUUAUGUUUGUUAUAGGGGAGUGUAGACAUAAAAAUUCUCAUCCAGAAAAUAAUAAUCAAGAUAAAAAAAUAUUGCAAUAAUUGUGUAUUUAUUUGUUAUCAAAAUAUGAGUGUUAC